AUGAGUAGUAUUAUUGAAGCAUCAAGUGCUCUAAGAAAAAGAAAGAAUUUGAAAAGAGGUAUCAAUUUUACUUUAAUGGUUGUGGGCCAAUCCGGUAGUGGUCGGUCUACUUUCAUUAAUAGUUUAUGUGGUCAGCAAGUUGUUGAUACUUCAACUACUGUUAUGUUACACACAGAUACAUCUACAGAGAUUGAGGUUCAAUUGAGAGAAGAAACUGUUGAAUUAGAAGAUGAAGAAGGUGUUAAAAUUCAAUUGAACAUCAUUGAUACCCCAGGCUUUGGUGAUUCUUUGGAUAAUUCGUCAUGCUUCGAAUUAAUCUCAGAUUAUAUCCGUCACCAGUAUGACGAAAUUCUAUUAGAAGAAAGUCGUGUUAGAAGAAAUCCAAGAUUUAAGGAUGGUAGAGUUCAUUGCUGUAUAUAUUUAAUUACACCAACUGGACAUGGUCUAAGAGAGAUGGAUGUUGAAUAUAUGAAACAAUUAGGCCCAUUAGUAAAUAUUAUUCCUGUUAUUUCGAAAGCAGAUUCAUUAACUCAAGAAGAAUUGAAAUUAAAUAAAAAAAUGAUUAUGGAAGACAUUGAUAGAUACGGUCUACCAAUUUAUAACUUUCCAUUUGAUGAACAAGAUGCAAAUGAUGAUGAUUAUGAAACAAAUACCUAUUUGCGUUCAUUAUUGCCUUUCUCAAUUAUUGGAUCAAAUGACGUUUUUGAUAUUGGUGAUGGUACUAUAAUUAGAGGUAGGCAAUAUCCUUGGGGUAUAUUAGAUGUUGAAGAUGCAGAUAUUUCAGAUUUUGUUAUUUUAAGAAAUACACUAUUAAUAUCACACCUAAGCGAUUUGAAAGAAUUCACCCAUGAAAUUUUAUAUGAACGUUAUAGAACUGAAGCUUUAUCAGGAGACACGCCAAAUUAUUCUAAGAAGAAUUCUAAUCAUACUAAUGGUCGCAACGCUCAUCAUGGUGGAAAUAGUGCAAUUGCAUCUCCAAGUGUUCCUCAAGCACAUGAAAGAGGCGAAAACGCUAAGCAAGAUACUUACACAGCUCGUGAGGAACAAAUCAAAUUAGAAGAAGAAAGAUUGAAGGCAUUUGAAGAAAGGGUUCAACAAGAAUUAUUAAUGAAAAGAAAAGAGCUUUUGGAAAGAGAAAACGAAUUGAGGCAGAUUGAACAAAGAUUAGAAAAGGAGCAUCUUUCCCAAUAG